UUAGUGACGGAAGUAGUGCCUUGUCAUACCCAGCGAAACUACAGCGUCAUUCCGAGCCCUCAGGUGAGAGAGAUGAGAAGACGCCGCGGGAUUCGCUCUAUGAAACUCUGAACGGUCCAUUACAAACUUCUCCAAUUGGACUGUUUCAUCCAAACUGCUUCAAAAAAGCAACGCCGGGAUACACAGACGGAUCGGAACUUCAGGCGUGCGCUCUUCUUUUUGGUAGCGAAACUAGUUUCCUGAAAUAACAUGAGUUCUGCCUCGUAUAAACGAGGGAACGGGCGUCAUGAGGAUGUCACCCUAAUGACGAAUGAACAGAAGAUGGCAGGAAAAUCACGGAAGACGAGCAUUGCCGUGGGCGUCAUCAUUGCCCUGCUGGUAGUGGCCGCAGUGGUCGGAUUUCUUGUGUGGCUCUUCAUUGUCAGGAGCAAAGAAUUGGAAAAUGAGUCCACCUUUUACAAACCCAGCCCAUCCACACUGGUUUACAGUGGACAAAUUAAGCUUCUCAAACCAGCGUACAGCCCAGUAUACGAGAAUCCCGAAAGUGCAGAAUUCCAACAAGCAGCAGGAGAACUGGAAAGAAUUAUGAAUGAAACAUUCACCAGAGAUCCUCUUCUUUCCAAAUACUAUACCAAAUCUGUCGUCACUGCUUUCAGUGAAGGAACCUUAGCGUAUCAUUGGUCUCAAUUUGACAUUCCUGAGACGGACCAAGAGAUCGUCCCAGAGCUGACAGAGGACCGUGUGGUUGAGGCUCUGCGGAGGAGCGUCCGACAGGAGGGCAAACGAGUUGGGAGCGUUGCAGUCACUGACAGCGACAUCACUGCUUCAUCCACAGACCCUCGGAUGGCCAGGGACCCCAGAUCCAAGAAAUGCUUUUACAGUCUCACAGCUGAAACCACCAGCAAAGAAUUUACGUCUCCUGGACACCCUGGGAAAUACCCAGCUCACUCCCAAUGCCAGUGGCAAAUCCGUGCUCCUAAAGGUCAAGCCAUCAUUGUCAAGUUCAGGACCUUCCACAUAGAGGAUAACUGUGCCAGUGACUACGUGGCCAUCUAUAACUCUCUCAGCCCUGACAGCACGUAUGCUAUCACAAAACAGUGUGGACUUCGGCCUCCUACAAAUCCUCUUGAGGUAGUUUCUUCUGGUAACCUCAUGCUCGUCAACCUUAUCACAGAUAAGGUCCAGAAAUCAGGAUUCAGAGCGGUUUACAGUGCCAUUCCCACUAUUCCUCCUGGCAGCUGUGGAUCAUCUAUGACUAGUCUCUUUGGAAACUUCACCUCUCCUCAUUUUCCUAGUUUCUAUCCUCCUUUGGUGGACUGCAACUGGAACAUCAAUGUUCCUGCUGGCAGAAAAAUAAAGAUUGAGUUCAAUAUGUUCCGUGUGAAAGAGCCGGGGGUGGACACUCUCAGCUGUCACAAAGACUACAUAGAGGUGCUGGGUAAAAGGUAUUGUGGGGAGAAACGUCGACUUGUUAUUCCUAGCACCACCAAUACUUUGGAAGUGAAGUUCCAUUCAGAUGAAUCCUACACUGAUAAGGGAUUCAGGAUCACUUACAACGCCUUUGACCCCGUAAACCCUUGCCCUGGUCAGUUUGCGUGCACCUCAGGCUUCUGCAUCAAGAAAGAGCAACAGUGUGAUGGGUGGAACGACUGCGAAGACAUGAGUGAUGAGAGAAACUGCAAGUGUGAUGAGGAACAGUUCACUUGCAGUAAUGGCCAGUGUAAGCCUCAGUUCUUUGUGUGUGACAGAAUGAACGACUGUGGUGACAAUAGUGAUGAGGAACACUGCGAUUGUGGUAGAGCUGAGGAAAGGUGCGGGGAUGGCGCCUGCAUCCCACAAGAAUUUAUAUGCGAUGGGAAAAAUGACUGUGCUGAUGGCAGUGAUGAGGUCUCCUGUCAAGCAUCGCCUGGUAUCUGCAAUGAUUUCUCCUUUAAGUGUAAAGACAAGCAGUGUGUAAACAAAGUAAACGCAGAGUGUGAUCGCGAAGCGGACUGCUCAGAUGGCUCGGAUGAAGAGGGAUGCAACUGUGGAGUCCGGCCAUACAAGCACAACCGUAUUGUGGGUGGGCAGAACGCAGAUGUGGGUGAAUGGCCGUGGCAGGUCAGUCUACAUUUCAAGACCAGCGGACACGUUUGCGGCGCCUCAAUCAUCUCCAACAAAUGGCUGCUGUCCGCUGCCCACUGCUUCAUCCAGCCUGAUUCAGCCUACAAAAUGACAUCCAGCUGGCAGACGUACAGUGGUCUGCGAGACCAAAACAUCCGGGAUAAUGUUCAGCAGCGCACUUUGAAGACCAUCAUCACCCACCCUAACUACGACCAAAUGACCUACGAUUAUGACAUCUCACUGCUGGAACUGAGCACUCCAUUGAACUUCACCAACACAGUGCAUCCCAUCUGCCUUCCAGCGUCAACCCACGUCUUCUCGGCCGGUAGUUCCUGCUUUGUUACGGGCUGGGGCACGCUCCGAGAGGGAGGAAGUGUUGCACAAAUCUUGCAGAAAGCAGAAGUAAAGGUGAUUAAUGAUACAGUAUGCAACAUGGUGACUGAAGGUCAGGUGACCUCUAGAAUGCUGUGUAGCGGCUACCUCACUGGAGGUGUGGACGCUUGUCAGGGAGACUCGGGCGGUCCUCUUGUAUGUCGUUCCGAUGUUGGCAAAUGGUUCCAGGCUGGCAUAGUGAGCUGGGGAGAAGGCUGUGCUCGACGGAACAAGCCUGGCGUCUACACCCGUGUCACCAAACUGCGGGAAUGGAUCCGUGAAAUCACAAACAUAUAGCGGAGCCUGGACCUGCAAUCAUAUGACAACCAAAGCAGAAGAACACAAAUGUUGAGCGCCAUGAAUAUUUAGUACAGUCACACAAGCCAUACUCACACAAGCAAAAUGCAGCUUUGGUCGUCAUCCUUCGUGAGAAAAAAAAAAUUAUUUGAAUUGAACUUGCAUAUGUUUCAGACCACCUGGUCGUUUUCAUAAUAGCACUUUCAUUCAGUAUGACUAUUUGGUUGUUAUGGCUUAUGAAUGAUCUUUUUCAUAGCUGUAUCAAUCUAAAGUUGAGUUCAGCUUUAGUCAACCAAAUAAAAAGGUUCAUAAAAUACAUGCAGAUCCCACUAUAAUGAGAAUAUGUAUCACUGUGAUGUACUGUUACACUCUUUUACCAACUCUUUGUCACGCAGUUGUAGAUCCAUUUGUUCGUAUCUGAUUCCUUGAACAGUAACUUCACAAAUGACACUUAGAGAUCAGACUGUCUUAUAAUGAGACUUCCAGCACUUAUGACCUGGUGGAAGUCAUGUUGUUAUCAUUAUGAAUUGUGUUUUGUUUAAAAGUCUUUUUCUUAUGCUCCAACCGUGCCUUUGUUCUAAAGACUGGACCCUGCCUCUUCUCAGAAACAAUGACUUUGUUUCAGACUUUUGAGGUAGACUCGCUCCCUACAUCUUUUCCCUUUAAGCGAAGGUCAAAAGCUUCUUUGCAAUCUAGAAAUUUCUGUAAGCAUCCCACUCAGGCUGACCUUCUUUCCUCACAUCUGUGUGAUCUCAGAUCCUCGGUGCCAAAGCUCUGAAAUGGAGGAUUAGGUAAAAAUAGGAUAUUUCCGUCAUCCAUUUGCCAAUACAACCAAGGCCAACAUAGGUCACUCACUUCUGCUGCAUGUUAAAGUUUCAGCCAAUCAAUGUCAACCUAGCAGGAUGGUCUCUCCUUCAAAGAAGCCUGAAUGUAUCGCGGAAUCUAUACCGCCGGUUCCUCAUAGACCUGGCAAGUUUCUUUCCCAUGGAAAGUCCACUUGCUUAGUAAGAUUUUCAGGCUUUAUAGUGUAGUGACUUAAUUUCCCAGGAGGUACAAGAGCCGUUUGCUGUAUUUUGAGAGAUGUUAAGCAAUAGAUGCUGUAUUUGUGUAUUAAAGAAGUUCAUAUAGCAUCAUGAUGUGCAAUUUGACUUAUCAGGGGCUUGUUAGACUUUCAUUUUUAGACUGUGUAAAUUUCAAAUAACUUUUGUUUUUAGAACUGCAAUGAUUAUGUGUGGCUUUAAGUGUCUGGGUGACUAAAUGCUUUUUGUACUGUUAAUGUAACUGAUAACUUGUUGGUCUUUUCUGUUUUGUUGUUUUUAUAUUUUAACACUAUGCAAAUAUUUUAAUGUAUGCAAAAAGUUGAUUUCUUGACAAUAAAAUACAUGCUGGUUUUACAUCACUUCUU